AAAUACAUAAACAUAUGCUACAUGUUCUCUAAAAUAUUCCACCUCAGCACAUAGACAAAAGAACAAAAGAUAAUGCCAAUAAGCCAAGCCACCUAGCCAAUCACUCACUAGUCAUCCUAGUCAUCAACAUCUCCCCCUCUCUAACCAACUACUCUCCCUUCCAAUCCAAUAGAGAACAGAAUCCUUAACCUUCUUCUAGAUCCUAUAUUUUUUCUCCAAAUAACGAAAAUAGAAAAAAAAAAGGCGAGAUAAUAAGAGAGAGGAGACACCCUCCGGGCCUUCCUCUUCCUCCCUGUUCCUCUGCUUGCUUGCUCACCCACCCUGUCUCGGUCUCUCCCUGCCUACCAGGAGGAGCCAAAUCAUCCAGCCCCGCCCCCAACGAAGCAAGGCGCCACGCCAUUCUCGCGAGCGCACAGGAGGGCAGGAAAAAUCAUCGCCUUGCACCUCUCACCUCCUCCACCAAAAUCCUCCAGAAACCCGAUCUUUAUUUCCACCAAAAGAUCCUUCUUUUCUGGGUCGAUACAGAUAUACGACGCUAUUUAUAGCGUCUGGCCUCGUGGAAAGGCGCUCCGCUCUUGGCUGGCUCUCGCUACCUGCGGGGCUGUUGAUUUGGGCAGGCACGAGGCAGUCAAAUCCGCCUGCGGCUGAAGAGGGGGGCAAGGGUCGCGCGCCGGGCGCAUGGCGGAGGAGGAGAGGCGGCGGCGGUUCGCGAAUCUGCGCAGCGUCCGGUGGCGGGUCGAUCUCGGCAUCCUGCCGGCGUCGCCCGGGGCCUCCGUUGACGAGCUCCGCCGCGCCGCCGCGGAUUCGCGGAGGAGAUAUGUUAGUUUGAGGCGCCGCCUUAUGGUAGACCCACAUCUUCCAAAGGAGGAGGACAGAUCAUCCAACCUUGUUGUUGAUAACCCGCUCUCUCAGAACCCAGAUAGCAGCUGGGGCCGUUUCUUCAGAGGGGCUGAGUUGGAGAAGACAGUUGACCAAGACUUGUCUCGAUUAUAUCCAGAAGAUGGUAGUUACUUUCAAACACCUAAUUGCCAGGCCAUGCUGAGGAGAAUACUGUUGAUGUGGUGCCUUCAGCACCCGGAGUGUGGAUAUCGCCAAGGAAUGCACGAACUACUAGCUCCUCUAGUGUAUGUUCUUCAAGUUGAUAUUGAUAAACUGUCUCAAGUGAGGAAGCUCCAUGAGGAUUGCUUCAAUGAUGAUUUUGAUGGAGUGCCUUUCCCAGAUACAGAUAUGGUUUUUAGUUAUAAACCUAGAAAGGACUCAAAAUGGCAUUCCGAAGCUGACAAUGGCGAUGAUUCUGAAAGCGCUUCCAGAGUUAACACUCUUGAUGAGCUUGACCUGGAUACGAAAGAAAUAAUUUCACUUAGUGAUGCAUAUGGAGCUGAGGGUGAACUAGGCAUUGUAUUGUCUGAAAGGUUCAUGGAACAUGAUGCCUAUUCAAUGUUUGAUGGUUUGAUGGACGGAGGUAGCGGAGUGGUCCGCAUGGCAGAGUUUUUCUCUACAUCCAAGGUUGGGUCUAGCUCAAGUCUAGCGCCUGUCAUCGAAGCCUCAUCAUCUUUAUUUCACUUGCUUUCCAUUGUUGAGCCAUCUCUUCAUAGCCAUUUCAUUGAGCUGGAUGUAGAACCACAAUAUUUCGCUCUUCGUUGGCUGCGGGUCUUGUUUGGACGAGAGUUCUGCCUCAACGAUCUUUUAGUCGUAUGGGAUGAAGUUUUUGCUUGCUCCAAUGACAUGCUACUGGGAGAAAAUGAAGAAUACAGUUUUAAGAUAUUGUGCUCGACUAGAGGGGCAUUCAUCGCAGCCAUGGCAGUCUCUAUGAUUCUUCACCUUAGAUCAUCUCUGCUGGCCACUGAAAUCAAUACGUCAUGUCUUCAGAGAUUAUUGAACUUUCCAAACAAUGUUGAUGUGCAUAAAUUAAUUGAGAAAGCUAAAUCUCUGCAGUCUAUUGCUAUUGAUGCAAAUGUAUCAUCCCCACCUCUCUUAUCAAAGAAGGAUAGCUGUGAUUAUGAUAGGGUUUACAGUAAUCUUGCUACUUCAACCCCUCCAAGGACUCCGUUGCAUCCAUUAGCUGAGAGUUACUGGGAAAAGCAGUGGAGAAACCUACACAAUGAUGGAACUGUUUCUAAUGACGGAACUACUCCUAAGGAGAGUGAUAAGGGUCUUUCUUAUAAAAGAUCACUAAAGCAAUCUUUGAGCCAGAAGCUUGGUUUAUCUAGGACAGAGUCAGAUCCUUCUCCAGUUAAGAUAGUCAGCGUGAAGAGUGACACCAAGAAUUCAGUGAGACGGUGUCUUUUGAACUCUUAUUCAGAUAAAGUAGUACAGUCUAGUGAAGUUGCUGGAAAAUUUCAGCAAGAUGAAUUCCCUAUCGUGUCGAUUCACAAGGAUCCACUUAUAGAUUCACCGGUGAAGUCUGUUGAUGAGAGUUCAACAAAAAGGACAGAAGCUUGCUCCAGUGGCGAGAACUCUCCAGUGUUUUAUGCUGCUUGUGCUGGUAAUGAACAUGAGAAUUGCAAUGACAAUGAUUCCGAGAGGAGUAGCAUUACUUCAAAUUCCUGCGCUGGCGAUGAUGAUAGAGAUGAAAUUUUGCCAGAUGAGUCGUCCAGCUGCAACUGUGAGGGCAAAACUGUCUCAGAAGCAACAACGUCUGAAACGAAUGUAGAUCCAGUUGGAUCCUCUGAGAGAGCUACAGUAUCUAAUGAAAGAAAGCCAUUUAUCAAUAAGCUACAGUGGUUCUUGAGGUUUGGCAGACCUUCAACUGAAGGCAAUGCAGAGAAGGGCAUUGCUCAGGCAUCGAAUGAUAAACAUGAUGCAGUUAUUCCCUGCCCUUCACCUGCUGAUGUGAGUUCAGAUAACUCCCACGGCGGCAUAAAUUUGGCUUCUGGUGAUAAUAAGAAGGUGAUGGGCACACUGAAGAACAUUGGACAGAACAUGCUUGAAAAUAUUCAGGUGAUCGAAUCAGCGUUCCAGCAAGACCGCGCACAGCCAAGCGCCAUGGAGAACUUCCCGAACAACAUCCUGGGAGGCAAAGGGCAGGUCACCGCGAUGGCUGCCCUGACAGAGCUCCGCAAGAUCAGCAACCUGCUCCGCGAGAUGUAACCGUCCAUCCAAGGCGCGCACAUGUAAUAGCACCUCCCCAUUCUUUCCUGAUUCAUUAGCUCCUCAGAUAAGCAAGGCCCGUGUGUAGUUAAAGCCAAGGCGCCUAGCCCCCCCCCCCCCCCCCCCCCCCACCCUGUAUAUAUAGAUCCCAUUCGAUUAUUCCAUUGAGCCUGCUCGCCCAGUACGGCAAGGCUCUCUCUCUCUCUCUCCUGUACCUAAGGAUCAGCUGCUGUCAACUGAGUUGCAUGAGAUGAGGGAGUGAAACUUUCUCGUCUCCGGCGUUAGAAGGCAACUUUUUGAUGGAACAAUUUUGGACACGUAAAUGUUUCUCAAGCGGUAGAAUAAAUAAAUUGAAUAAGCUAUGUCCGAAAGUGUGUAUCUUUUUUUUUUCAUCGUUCAUGCUGAGCUUUUUAACUGGUCAUCAUCAUUCA